AUACACGAAAACACCCCCAUCGUGAGUUGUUGUGUACUGUUGUACAGCCCUAUUGAGUCCAGUGUCGGUGUGGUCUGGUGAAUUAAACAUUAAGGGGAAAUUUUUUGUCCUUCCAUUUGUUGGACUCUUUCUUAAGUACCGCAUUUUCCUUUUUUGCCUCACAUAUAGGUACUUUAUUUUCUUCAUUCGUGAGUGCUUUAUAUUUGAAAAUUUUGUGUCAUACAUCGAUUUUUCUUUGGGACAUCAACUGCCGGCAUAUUGUAUAUAGCUAGAGUGAUUAUCUACAUAUAUAGCACCCAACGUACACAUAAUCUACAAGUGGACCAACAUUCUCGGGGUUACAAUGGAAUCUGCAGUCAUUGAUCCAGGUGUUAUCAAUGAGAAAAUGCUCCGUAGUGCCAUUGAGGAACAAGGAUACCAUGGCGAAGCACAGAGAUUGUCGCAGUUGGAGCCCAUUAAUUACGCCAAAAUUACAAGCAUUCGACUAGAAUUUCUAAACAUUCUCAAAAUAGACCACUUGUGGAUACUCACAAAUCUCACGAAAUUGUCUCUAAACUACAAUAAAAUAGAUAAAAUUGAGAAUCUCCAUGUGCUGACGAAGCUAACGGAUUUGGAUCUAUCAUUUAACUACAUUGAGAAAAUUGAGAAUUUGGAGGAUCUGACAAAAUUGGAAGUUUUAAGUUUGUAUUCGAAUCGCAUUGAGAAAAUUGAAAAUCUCCACCAUCUGCAACACAUGCAGAUACUCAGCUUGGGACGGAAUCGUAUUAUGACAUACGAUGGAAUUGAGAAAUUGCGUUCACUUGCAAAUUUAUCCGUUAUCAAUUUGGAAGACAAUCCAAUUGCCAUGGAUGAAGAUAAUCCCACGAGUGAGUAUGUGGCGGCAUUUCUUCCCAAAAUUAAGUACUACAAUUACACGCUAAUUGACGAUGAAACGCGUGCCAGUGCCAGAGAGAAAUACUCACGAGAACUACGAAAGUUGGAGGAAAUUGAAAGUGAGGAGCUAAUGCAACGAGAAAAACUGCAAAAGGAUACCGAAGAGGAAGUCCUUCUUGGGAAGUGUUUUGUUGAAUUCCUAAUUCAGCAGAAACUCUUUGAUGCGCUCUUUGAACCCUUGGACAAUGCCCUCAAUGUCGAUGAGAAGUCUUUGCAACUUCAGGAGGAGUUUAGGCAGAAGUAUGUGGUCAUUGCAAAGGAGCUAAGGGACAUUGCUGUUCAGGAGCAUGAGAGGCGUCAGGAGGAGAUUCGAGCAUUCAAAAAUUGCAUUGAAGAUGCUCGCAAGGAAACACAGAGCAAGGCACAAAGAUUAAUAGAAACAUACUUGGAGGAAAAGGAAGAAAGCUCCUUGGACACAUCAUCCACCUCCGAACGUCUAGAUGAGAUGUGGAAGUCCCUCAUGGAGGAGGAGGUACUCCUCUUUGAGAACAUUGUAGCCGGCAUUGAGGGCUUCCGCACAAGCCUGGAGAAUUUAAUUGGGGAAUUCUUUCAACGUGCCCAGACGUGCCUGAAUAGAAUCCGUGAAGCUGAUUCCGUGUAUUUGGAUGCCCUGGAGGAGGCUGUGACGGAAUUUAUUAUGCUGAAAAUCACCUCAAACCGCGAAAAUGAAAUCCCGGCCGAUCUAAAGGAUUCAGACUCCAUUGCCAGCAAGAUCAUCCAAAUGGGCCAGAGGCAGAGGCUCAAGAUCGACGAAACGAAGCGUAUUCUCGUUGAGAAGGCCAAGGUGUGGGUGAAGGAAUUCAUUGGUGAACUACAUGAGGAGGAAGUGCAGAGAAAUCGAAAUAAUAUCGUUGAAAUUAACUAUUUCCUGGAUUAUGAGAGAGAAAUUAUUACCGAAUAAAAACAAAUCUUUUCUAUUACUUUUU